AUGCUAAUUAAUAGCACAUAACUUUGAGCAAAUUAUAUCUACCAGUGCUAUGUAGUUUCAUCUGGUCUGAGUUGCAGCAAAAAUGGCCAGCCAUGCAGCUCUUGUUUCAUCCAGAAUCCCUUCCGGCGCCAGACUCCAAUCUAAGGCCUCUCACUCUUCAAGCUCCCCCAAGAGGCUCAAUGUUGCUGAAUUCUCCGGCCUCCGGUCAAGCUCCUGUGUAACUUAUGCGGCUCAUGCUGGAGAAGCAUCCUUCUAUGAUGUUUUAGCUUCACAACUGUCUUUCAGGGGGACCAAUGCCAGGCCUGUGAGGGGUGAGACAGUUGCUAAGCUAAAGGUGGCAAUCAACGGCUUUGGGCGGAUUGGUCGGAAUUUCCUCCGGUGCUGGCAUGGUCGAAAGGAUUCGCCACUUGACGUCAUUGUAGUGAAUGACAGUGGAGGUGUUAAGAAUGCUUCACACCUUCUCAAGUAUGAUUCCAUGUUGGGGACCUUCAAGGCAGAUGUCAAGAUUGUGAACAAUGAGACAAUUAGUGUCGAUGGAAAGCCGAUCAAGGUUGUCUCAAGCAGAGACCCCCUGAAGCUACCAUGGGCAGAGCUAGGCAUAGAUAUUGUCAUUGAGGGUACUGGAGUCUUUGUUGAUGGUCCAGGUGCAGGGAAACACAUACAAGCUGGUGCAAAGAAGGUUAUAAUCACAGCACCAGCGAAAGGAGCUGAUAUACCAACAUAUGUUGUGGGUGUCAAUGAAGGGGGAUACAACCAUGAGGUUGCCAACAUUGUCAGCAAUGCAUCUUGCACAACAAAUUGUCUGGCUCCUUUCGUUAAGGUUAUAGAUGAAGAGUUUGGAAUUGUGAAGGGGACCAUGACUACAACUCAUUCAUACACAGGAGACCAGAGGUUGUUAGAUGCAUCUCACCGUGACUUGAGAAGAGCAAGGGCAGCAGCACUGAACAUUGUCCCAACGAGCACAGGCGCUGCAAAGGCAGUGUCACUGGUACUGCCCAACCUAAAGGGUAAGCUCAAUGGCAUCGCCCUCCGGGUGCCAACACCAAAUGUCUCUGUUGUGGACCUUGUGGUGAACGUGGAGAAUAAAGGCAUUACCGCUGAAGAUGUGAAUGCUGCAUUCAGGAAGGCAGCUGAUGGGCCCCUGAAAGGGAUCCUAGAUGUGUGCGAUGUUCCCUUGGUAUCAGUUGAUUUCCGGUGCACUGAUGUCUCAUCCACCAUUGACGCAUCCCUGACAAUGGUCAUGGGUGAUGAUAUGGUUAAGGUGGUGGCCUGGUACGACAAUGAAUGGGGAUACAGCCAACGGGUGGUGGAUCUGGCGCACUUGGUAGCAAGCAAAUGGCCUGGAGCGCCAGUACAGGGAAGCGGAGAUCCACUAGAAGAUUUCUGCCAAACAAACCCAGCAACAAAGGAAUGCAAAGUUUAUGAAGCAUGAUUCAUGCCACAUAUUUCUUAUUACGAUAGUUUGUUCAGCAAUGUGAUUACAUAACCAUAAUGCUGUGGAAAUUGAUAAAUUGAAAAUUGUAAGGAUAAUGCAUAUGCUUUCAAUGGGAAAUUUUUCAUGAGUGGGUACUGUAAGUA